UUUAAUCUGUCAUGCCUCAUUAAGGAGGGACUCGCCUGUGCUUGCAUGUGCGGUUUGCACACAGACUAUGAGCGCAUCUGCAUGCCUCAAUGUGUGAGGAGAAAACGCUCACACACUCCAUGAAAAAUCUUGUGGGGGUGGAGAGAAGGAAGGCAUAGGACGAGGAAAGGAAAUCUGGAUUUUUGUUAGUAGGUACAGGAGCUCUACGGAAAACACACGUUAUGGCCACUGCAGAAAUCCAAUGCGACGGCUGCAGGGUGUGAAAAUAAAGCAGCAGUGAAAGAGGUAGAAAAGAGAAGAGAAACAAGGAUCUACAAUGGCAGCUGAAGAGAAACCUGCUAUGAAGAGCAGCAGCUCCAUUGUACCAUGUUUCCUGUUUGUGGAGCUGGUGAUCAUGUCUGGCACCGUUCUCCUGGCGUACUACUUCGAAUACACGGACACGUUUCCCGUACACAUCCAGGGCUUCUUCUGCUUCGAUAAGGCGUUCUCCAAACCCUAUCCUGGACCGGAUGAGACCAGUAAUGUGCCACCGGUGCUGGUGUACUCUCUGGUCGCUGCCGUUCCCACUUUAACGAUUCUGGCUGGUGAGCUGAUGGCAUUUUUCAUGAGGUCAGAGGGCACGCAGGAGAAGAUCAUAGUCACCGCAGACUGCUGCUACUUCAACCCACUAUUGAGACGCAUCAUACGCUUCCUAGGUGUCUAUACCUUCGGCUUGUUCACCACCACCAUCUUUGCUAAUGCUGGACAGGUAGUGACGGGAAAUCAAACGCCUCACUUCCUGUCAGCGUGCAGACCGAACUACACAGCACUGGGCUGCCAUUCCAAUAUACAGUACAUCACUGAACGCAAAGCCUGCACUGGAAACCCACUGAUUGUCGCAUCUGCACGCAAAUCUUUUCCCUCUAAAGAUGCAGCCAUCAGUGUUUAUUCUGCAGUUUAUACUGUGAUGUAUGUGACGUUGGUGUUUAGGACUAAAGGGACGCGUUUGACUAAGCCCACGCUCAGUCUGACUCUUCUGUGUCUGGCCAUGCUGGUGGGUGUGGUCAGAGUGGCCGAAUAUCGCAAUCACUGGGCGGACGUCCUCGCAGGAUACUUCACCGGCGGAGCCAUUGCUGUCUUUCUGGUGACGUGUGUCAUUAACAACUUCCAGCAGACAAAGCCCCCUCCCCUGCCAACACGAUCCCAGCGUCCUGAGUCUGUGCUGGGCAUGCCCAUGGUAGCGCUGCCCUGUGUAGAGAGUCCACUUGAAAAGUUAAGUGGCACUCAGACUCCAAGGGGAUCUCCAUUCACUGAGAUCACAUGACCAUCAGCCUCAUCGGUUUCCCGUCCCCCCCGAUGUCCUCAUACCGUCUCGCUCCAUGUCCAGCGAAGUCUAGACCAGCCGUCCCAGCACUUGCGCCACUGUGCCGCCCACCCUUCAGGACGCUCCACCACUCUGCUCCGUUCCUACUCUACGCAGGUCUAGGUUUCAUCCCGUCCAACCUCCAUCCUCCAUAUUACACCAUGCCACCAAUAGGGCCUCCACAAACCGCUCAAACAAACCAAUGACAGUGAAGAGGCACCUUUAGAGAGAUCUCAAAUGAAAAUCGACUAGGCAACUUGAUGUUACUUGUCAUGAGUUUGUUUGGUCAGGGAGUGGAGAAUUUGCACCUGUAAGGACAUCUGGACCUCUCAAAACCAGCCCAUCCUACCUUUCCUGGGAAACCGAUGAAGUCUUGAACAGCUUGUUGCUAAAAUGCAGAACUCCCAAGAGGCUGCAAUUUAUUGUAUAUCAGUUCAGAUGUAAAUACUUGUACAUUUUUAUUCCAUUUUUUAAAAAUGGCAUGUCCAUUUUGAUUGUGUUUAUAGCACUUAUGGUCAUCACACAGUUUGUAAAUCUGUUCAUGGAGUAUCCAUUGGUUUGUCUCUGUUUCCCACUUAAGAAGACAAUAUUAUAUUGUACAUAAAGACUCAUGAACAAACACCACAGCAUUAUUUUCAAUACUUUGUGUGUUUGUGUUCUUCUGUGCUCACAAAAGGUUUCUCCAUCAGCAACAUGUAAUGCACAGGGUUAAAAGAGCUGUUGGACAUGAUGACAUUUUCAUUAAUGUUGCCUCAAGACAUUUGUACUGUCAAUAAUCAACAGUGGAAUGAUCUCUUCGACUCUCAAGAGAAAGCAGGAACACCACCGUGAAUCACACAGUAACGCCUGUAUUGUAAUCAUUAUUCACAAUUGUAAAUUAAAGUUUUUUUUUUCUUGUAUAGUGAAGACGUUUUUCACAUUUGUAUGAGCACAUGUGUUCCCAAGAGUUCCCAAAAUCAUUGUAUAUUUAUGAUGUUGUUAUAAUGUUACCUUGCAAUGAUUUCAUCCCGGGUGUUUGCAAAUAGCACAGAAUGCUAUACUGCAGUACUGAUUUUUUUCUAUUUUCAAAUGAUUGCAUUCAUUUUAAAGACCCAAUGAAAUGAAAAUGAAAGUUGUGUCUCGACGCCACGGGUUCCCCCCACCAGCAGCCAUCACGGAGCUGCUGCGCAUAAGCGAACGGGCGGCCAUGCUUCCUGAAGCUCAGGGACCGGUAAAGCUGCCGACUCUGCUCUGGGGUCCGAUCGACUCGUUGGUGGAUGGCCUUCUACAGGUGGCUGUAGUAAAGGAGGCUUCUGUUUGUGUUAGCUUUGAGGUUAUCUACAACGAUCAGCCACAAUGUUAAAACACCUGCCUAAUAUUGUGUAGGUCCAACAGCACCAACCCGCAUCUCAGAAUAGCAUUCAGAGAUUAUAUUCUUGGCACCACAAUUGUACAGAGUGGUUAUCUGAGUUACUGUAGACAGUUCGAAACAGUCUGGCCAUUCUCUGUUGACCUCUCUCAUCAACAAGGCAUUUCAAUCUGCAGAACUGCCCCUCACUGGAUGUUUUUUGUUUUUGGCACCAUUCUGAGCAAAUUCUAGAGACUGUUGUGCAUGAAACUCCCUGGAGAUCAGCAGUUACACAAAUACUCAAUGCUAGUGUACUCCUAAAAGUUAACAAAAUAAAUUUUUAGCUGAUAGUCUUUCUCUUCCUUGGAAACUGACCAAAAAUAUUGAUGACUCAUCUUGCACUAAUGGGCGUAUACAUAUUUCUGUCCAAUAAAAUGCUCGCUCAACAAUGAGAAUGACCCCUCCCCCUACAUUAUAAACACCGUACCUUUACAAAGACAUUGGCUUUGAACACUGAAAGACCCCAGUUAUCAAAAACCUUGAAAUAUCCGAGAAUUUUAAAAUUGGGAUUUUUUAAUUUUUUAUCCCAGACAAAAAGUCAUGGAAAUGAGAUCAAAUCUUAAAAGGUUAAUGGGAAUUUCUAUUGUGAAUAUGCAUUUGUCUAGUUAUGCUCAGGUCUAAAAUAUUUAAUUGGCUAGUAAUUGCUCUUCAGGAGUGCAAUCUCUAUAAAAUAUUUUUUCUUAUCCAUUAUCCAGAAAAAACACAGGGCAAAAUCAUGUAAAUAUAAUAGAAAUGUUUUGGUCAAAAGUGUGGGAAACCUGUUAGAUAUGUCCAAAAACUUUUAGGGUCUGUAAUGUUCCUCAAAAUAUGUCUGAAUUUGGUGUCACGGGCAGCUAAAAUGUUGUGCUGCUUAAAUAUGCAUGUGCUCAUGACUGAUCGUCGACUGUAAUAUCUGAUUUUCACUAUUUCCCAGGCCAGUGUCAGUUUGUCUACAAAUAUGCACAGCGGUAUACUAAAUGAUUUGGCUGUAUGUUCUGUACCAUAGGCUAAGUGUUUUGCUUUUUAUUACUUAGAGCACUGGCUACUGCUGUCUAUAUUUCCUUUUGUAUGUUUAAUUUGAAUCAUGUUUCUUUUAAGGCUUUUUAAAAAAUAGUGUUUGCACAAAUUUGAACUGUUCAGUAAGCUGUGUAAUCAAGCUAUGUUUAUUAAUCAGAUGAGUGUAAACUUCCAGUCUAGCUGCAUCCCAAGCGGACACAAAUUAGCGUUUUAUUUAACAUUAGCUGUUCGAUCUGUCUGAUGACCCCUAAGCUUUUCAUCCUCGCACCAGGUCUGACCUCUGCCACAAUCUAUGCCAUGUACAGAUACUCUCUGUGUUGGAAGAGCACCAUUUCCACAUGCUUAGGAACACUCUUACACACCCUUAAAAUACCUUAAAGGGGAAGUGUGUAAUUUUUGUAGCGUCAGAAUUCCAACAAGAAUGACUCUCCGUACCUGCCACUUGUUGUACACACAGAUAGUCCCACCCCCAAACUCACGCUAUUGGUUGAGACAAAGUUAAUAUGUCGGGCUGGAUGGGCCACUCAAACAAACAGCAAUGUUUUGAUAGCGACACGGAGGCACAGUGUUUGCACUUUUCGGGGAAAUCAACCAACAAAUCCUUUACUUACAAUGGUCUCUGUAAUUGGAAACAUGGAAAAGAUUACACACUUCAACUUUAAAAGUCUUUUACCUGUAGCCAUCCCCUCUCUUCUUCUUUCACACACAAAUACAACUCAUACAAAAUAAAAAUGAUGUUUGUACAGUUUUGCAAAUAAGACUUUUUGUAUUAAAAAAAGGGAAAAAAAGAGAGAGUUUUGCACAUGAUACACACCUGAAUAAUUUGUUGCAUUGUUACUUUAGUAACCAUUGUUUAUAUAAACCCAAUUAAUCAUUGACUAAAUCUGUGUUUUGGGUAACUGAAUAAAGUAAAUGUGUGA